GAUUGGUAGUCAAGAAAUUCGCACAUAUCAAUAGGAGUUUGCUCCCAUAAAAUCCAUUAAUUUUGCACCAUUUCCCAAUUCUUCGAUUCAUUCAAGCAAGUGCACCUGUCACGUCUCCAUAUUCUCAAAUUAAAAUGUCCCCUUCAGUGAUCGAAGCUAUCUCUGAAACCACUCAGAAUAUUCGCCAAAAGAUCGCACCUCAACCAUCAGACAAACCUAAUAACGAUGGCGCAAAAUCUCAGGAACCACGCAACAGUGAGAAGCUUUCACCUGCAGUAGCUCCCAGUGUCGCACUUCAAGAACAACACCGAGAGCCGUUGAAACUUAGUGGCGCUCUAGAUCAAUUCGAAAGUUUCGACGUCACCCCAAUCAUCGGUCGUGAAUAUGUUGGAGUCAAUCUUGCAGAAUGGAUUCAUGCCCCCAACUCCGAUGACUUGCUUCGAGAUUUGGCCAUUACAAUUUCUCAACGGGGCGUUGUGUUCUUCCGUAAGCAAGACGAUAUAACGAAUGACCUUCAAAAAGAACUUGUCCAACGUCUCGGUGAGCUUUCUGGCAAGCCUUCAACCUCUAAGUUACAUAUUCAUCCUGUGUCCAACUCCGGUCGUGAGCACGGCGGGAAAGAUGAUGAAAUAAGUGUGAUAUCAUCUGCCCAAGGCAAAAAGAUAUACGACCGAAAUUUUGAAGCCAAGAAUCAUCAAAGUGCUAAAGAAGGCUGGCAUUCCGACAUCACAUUUGAACCUAUUCCAUCUGAUUAUGCCUUACUUCGACUGACUGAACUUCCAAAAACUGGAGGUGAUACACUUUGGGCUUCUGGAUAUGAGGUCUACGAUCGAAUCUCGAAACCUGUACAGAAGUUUCUUGAGACGUUAACAGCUACCUAUGCGCAACCGGAAUUUAACAAAGCGGCAGAGAAGAACGGAUUUAAACUUUAUUCGGCAGAAAGAGGUGCGCCAGAAAAUGUGGGAGAAAAGCUGGAAGCUGUUCAUCCGGUUGUUAGAACAAAUCCUGUCACAGGUUGGAAAUCGAUCUUUGCACUUGGCCAUCAUGUUUCUCACAUCAACGAUCUCACUACUAUUGAAAGCGAUGCAUUACUAGCAUGGUUUUUGAGACUUGUGGUUGAUAACCACGAUCUUCAAGUGAGACAUCGUUGGGAGAAUGUCAACGAUUUGGCGAUUUGGGAUAAUAGGUCGAAUUAUCACGUCGCCACUUCUGACUACAUAAAUCUGGGACUGGGCGAGAGAGCUGGCCAACGGGCUGUGAGUCUAGGCGAAAGACCAUACCUUGAUCCAGAAAGUACUGGAAGGAGAGAGGGGUUAGAGAAGCUUCAAAAGCCGGAAUGAUUAGAACAAGGAUUGAUUGUUGGCAAGGAAAGAAGAAAAUGUUUACGUUCUCGGGCAAUUUUUGUUGCUUUCCUCGAUUUUUAGAGCCACCCCGCAGUCAGUGGAAGUCCCGAUGAAUUGUUGUUCUCAUACACCAA